ACUCCCCAUCGUUUACAAGCCCCUCCCCUCCUUUGGCUCCCUAUCAGUGUCUAGUUUGGCAACACGGAUACGCAUGGAGCCUCCAUCACCCCCUGUCUCUUUUACGCACCGAGUCCGAUAAUGCGCGCAGGUACAGUGGCCGCAUCCGCCACAUUUCGAGCCGCCACGUUGAGCAAUUAAUCUCCUCUUAUGGACUAAUAUGAAACAGGUGGAUGCAGGAGUCUGACACAGCCAAGGCAGGAGGCAUUUUUUUCUUGUGCAUCGUUCUUGUUUCCCACCAUCGAGCGUCAGCAUGGAUGUCUUGGCGAACCACAGUAUCUUUCAGGAACUUCAGCUGGUCCACGACACCGGCUACUUCUCCGCCAUGCCGUCGCUGGAGGAAAACUGGCAGCAGACCUGCCUGGAACUGGAGCGCUAUCUGCAGACGGAGCCCAAGCGCCUGUCGGAGCUCUUCGACCAGGACCUGGACGGCCUCCUGACUCCGGCCUACCUGAAGGAGGACGGCGAGGAGGAGCUGGCGGACACCCUGCUGCCCGGCCUGCCCGCCCUGCCGGAGCCCCCGAGCCCGCCCCCAGUCGCCCCCUGCCCGACGCGGAAGCACUUCCCCUCCACGAAAAGAGACCUCAAGUUCAAGGGCCAGGCCCUGGAGAACGCGGAUGGGAUGGAAGGCGCCCACCAGGCCCAGCUGAGCGCCGUCACCUCCCUGACGCCCCCGUCGUCGCCAGAACUGGGGCGCCACCUGGUCAAAUCCAGCCAGACGCUGACGGCCUCGCCGGACGGCACGCUCACCCUGAAGCUGGUGGCCAGGAAGGUGGGGCUCGGCGCGGCGCGGCUGGUGGCGGCGGCGGCGGCGGCACACACACUCCCCGUCCGGAUGAACGACGAGGAGGAGGGGGCGGCGGUGGCGUGCGGCGUCGGGGCGGGGGGGGAGCUGCCGGAGAACAAGAAGAGGAUCCACCGCUGUCAGUUCAACGGGUGCAGGAAGGUGUACACCAAGAGCUCCCACCUAAAGGCCCACCAGAGGACGCACACAGGUGAGAAGCCGUACAAGUGCUCGUGGGAGGGCUGCGAGUGGCGAUUCGCCCGGAGCGACGAGCUGACGAGGCACUACCGCAAACACACCGGCGCCAAGCCUUUCAAGUGCAACCACUGUGACAGGUGUUUCUCGCGGUCGGAUCACUUGGCGCUGCACAUGAAGAGGCACAUCUGAGCGACGUCGGCGUGGGAGAAGGGGAUUGAGGCGGAGUGGAGGAAUGAGAGAGGGAGCAUCAUCUGCAGAGAAUUAACA